UCUCAACAAAACAUGUUCGAGUGCUUGAAAAAGGAGUACCAGUUGUGCGAAGAACUCGGGCGUGGUAGAUUCGGCACCGUCUACCGCUGCUUCUCGCCGGCCACCGGAGAAUCUUUCGCCUGCAAAACCAUCGACAAGAAUCUCUUGCUGGACCCCACCGACCGCGAGUGCUUAGACAAAGAGCCCAAGAUCCUCCAACUCCUCGCCGGGAGCCCAAACAUCCUUAACCUCCUCGAAGUGUACGAGGGCGACGGUUACCUCCACAUCAUCACCGACCUCUGCGGCGGCGGCGACCUCUACGAGCGGGUGUCGUCGCGGGGCCCGCUGUCGGAGCCGUCCGCAGCCGUCAUUUUCCGGCAGCUCAUGUCGGCCGUCCGGAGCUGCCACGUGGCAGGGAUCGCCCACCGGGACAUAAAACCGGACAACGUUUUGUUCGAUUCUCGCGGGGGGGUUAAGCUCGCGGAUUUCGGGUCGGCCGAGUGGUUCGGAGUGUACGAGGUCGAGGAGGGGAAUGUGGGGAUGAGUGGGGUGGUGGGGACGCCGAACUAUGUGGCGCCGGAGGUUUUGAUGGGUAGAGAGUAUUGUGAGAAGGUGGACGUGUGGAGUGCCGGGGUGAUUCUGUACAUAAUGCUCGCCGGCGUUCCGCCGUUCUACGGGGAGACUCCGGCGGAGACGUUUGAAGCCGUUCUCAGAGCGAAUUUGAGGUUUCCGACCAGGAUUUUCCGGUCGGUUUCGCCGGAAGCUAAAGAUCUGCUCAGGAAGAUGAUGUGCAAGGACCCUUCUCGACGAUUUUCAGCAGAACAAGUACUAAGUCACAAGGCGGGUGUUUCGAUGCACACUUCAAGGCAUCCAUGGGUUCUUAGUGGAGGAGAAACCAACUCCCUUGAUUGAUCUAGCUCACUUGAAAGAAAGGACUACAUGCAAGAUUACAACUAUAUACAGAAUAAGAUUGCACUUUUAACUCCGAUAGUUUUAUGUAAAUCAGGAGAUGUGCUCUCAAUAACCUAUCAAAAGAUGGUUGUAACAAUAUGUGAUGUAAAGAUGCAAGUAUGCCCUAUUUUGUAGACUUAAAAAGGCUCUUUCUUGGCCCUAUAGUAAUUUGGGCAAUACAUCAAUCAAGCCAUGGGUUUUCUCCUAUGUUUUUGGUUUGAUUAAGAAUCCUAGGUUGAGGAAAGUGCCCACAGAUUAAGGAUCACUUUCUGCAGUUGCUGCCAUGUAUUAUCCUGGCCGGUUUUGCAAAUCAAAUAUAUUGUGUGGAAAUGUUUAAAUGAAUAUAUAUUUUCCUUUACAAA